GUCUUUCCGUAGAUAGACUAGAGCUUGUCUGUAAAUUUUGGUAUGUGUAGUCACUUUACUAUUAAAAUUCUACUUUCUUAUUGGGUACCGCACUUUUUUCCGCUCACUUUCGAAAAUAUAUAUUGAGACUUUGUUGAUAUAAACGAGUGAAUGAGUUUGAGGUGUAUAUCUGUCUUUGUAUGUUGCUAAGAAGGCAGAACUUCAGAAGUUCACAACAUUUCUGCCCGUUUUCCGCCACGUAGGCAAGCCGACAGCCGAAGCUAUGCUGAGCCCGCGCCCGUCUCGCACUUGGACCUAAUAAAUCACAACCACCUAUAAACGCGAGACUGCCAGAGGCAUUCCACUUUGUUUGACAUCUUAUUAAUUCUAUAAAUUUAUUUUUUCUCUUUUCUUUUCAUACUUUUUCAGAUCAUCCUGUCUACACACCACACCCUGGUCAUCAUGAAGACUGGGUCAUCUUUCGUGCCUCAGUUUCUGGGAAGGAUGUCAUAUGAGAAGAAGGAGAUUCUCUUAAAGCUUUCUAUCCUCGUCUUCUGUAUGAUCCUCUCCUUCUCUACACGACUGUUCUCUGUUUUGCGAUUUGAGAGCGUUAUUCACGAGUUCGAUCCUUACUUCAACUACCGUACCACCAGAUAUUUGGCUGAGGAGGGCUUCUACCGGUUCCACAAUUGGUUUGAUGAUCGUGCCUGGUAUCCUCUUGGUCGUAUCAUUGGGGGAACCAUAUACCCAGGUUUGAUGUUGACCUCUGCUAUCAUCUAUCAUGUACUCAACUUCUUGCACAUCAGUAUUGAUGUGAGGAAUGUGUGUGUAUUCCUAGCUCCCCUCUUCUCCUCCCUCACCACCCUGGCCACCUACCAUCUCACCAAAGAGCUCAAGGAUACCGGUGCUGGUCUAGUAGCAGCAGCCAUGAUCUCCAUCGUUCCUGGUUACAUAUCCCGUUCUGUGGCUGGAUCCUAUGAUAAUGAGGGCAUUGCCAUCUUCUGUAUGCUGCUCACAUAUGCACUCUGGAUCAAGUCUGUGAAAACUGGAUCUGUCUUCUGGGCUGCUCUCUGCUCGCUGGCCUACUUUUAUAUGGUUUCCUCGUGGGGAGGCUACGUUUUCCUCAUCAACCUGAUCCCAAUGCACACCCUAGCCCUGAUGGCCACUGGACGCUUCACCCACAGGAUCUACGUGGUGUACUGCACUGUCUACUGUCUUGGUACCAUCCUCUCCAUGCAGAUCCCCUUUGUUGGAUUCCAACCAGUCCAGUCCUCCGAACACAUGGCUGCUCUGGGUGUGUUUGGACUGUGUCAGAUCUACUGCUUUGUGGAGUAUGUAAGGUCACGUCUGAGCACACAGUACUUCAACAUUCUCAUCCGAAGUGCUGUUCUAGUAUUCGGUGCCGCCCUAGCAACUGUAACAGCUUAUCUCUCAGCAACAGGCAAGAUCUCCCCAUGGACUGGACGUUUCUACUCCCUCCUGGAUCCAUCUUACGCUAAGAAUAACAUCCCCAUCAUUGCCUCCGUCUCUGAACAUCAGCCUACCACAUGGAGCUCUUUCUACUUUGACUUGCAGAUGCAUGUAUUCAUGUUCCCAGUUGGCAUGUAUUACUGCUUCUUGAAGCUCACUGAUGCUAACAUCUUUGUUGUCCUCUAUGGUAUCACUAGUCUCUAUUUCUCGGGUGUGAUGGUACGUCUUAUGUUGGUUCUUGCACCUGUCAUGUGCAUCCUGUCUGGGAUCGGUAUCUCGUCUGUCCUCAACACCUACAUGAAAAACCUUGACAUUACCAAACAGGAGAAGAAAUCUUCCAAGAAAGAGUACAGUGACAACACCUACCCAAUUAAGAAUGAGGUUGCAACAGCAGUCAUUCUCCUCAUGACUUUCUUCCUCAUCACGUACACCUUCCACUGCACCUGGGUCACGUCCGAGGCCUAUUCUUCUCCUUCCAUUGUCUUGUCGGCAAGGGCCGGAGACGGUGGUAGGAUUAUCUUUGACGACUUCCGCGAAGCUUACUAUUGGCUAAGACAAAACACACACGAGAAUUCCAAGGUAAUGUCAUGGUGGGAUUAUGGGUAUCAGAUAACAGCGAUGGCGAAUCGGACAAUAUUAGUGGACAAUAAUACGUGGAAUAAUACUCACAUAUCACGUGUGGGCCAGGCCAUGGCAUCACCUGAAGACCAUGCUUAUGGCAUUAUGAGAGAGCUGGAUGUAGACUAUGUUCUUGUGAUUUUCGGUGGACUUAUUGGAUACUCUUCAGAUGAUAUCAACAAAUUUUUGUGGAUGGUUCGUAUUGGUGGCAGUACAGAAGAAGGCAAACACAUAAAAGAAUCUGACUAUUAUACACCUCAUGGAGAGUUCCGUAUUGAUAGAGAUGGUUCACCAACUCUGCUCAACUGCCUCAUGUAUAAGAUGUGUUACUAUCGCUUUGGUAGAGUCUACACGGAAGCAGGCAAGCCCACUGGAUACGACAGGGUGCGCAACACAGAGAUUGGAAACAAAGAUUUUGAGCUGGAUGUACUGGAGGAAGCUUAUACCACUGAGCAUUGGCUUGUCAGAAUCUACAAAGUAAAAGAUUUAGAGAAUAGGGGGUUAUAGUUUGGUAUAGGUCAAAUAGUAUAGUACAUCAUAGUUACCACUUCCGAAAUAUUCAUUUUUUUCAGUGAUUUCAACUCCCCAUUUGGACAUGUAUAUCAUGUAGAAAUCAUAUUUUUAGAAAAUAACAAUAGUCACUGUUCAAUCAAUUCAUAGAUGGAAAAAAAAGGUGAAGAAAUCUGUUGAGGAUGAUACAUCCAAAGUCUGAAAAAAUUUGUAGAAAUAUAAGCAUUAUAAAGUAGAGGUCAUCAAAAACAGUCCUGAGCAUCAUUCCAUAGCUGUACAGCAUGUCCAUAUUUUGGGUUUUUUCGUUUGUUUUGUUUUCUAUACUUCUGCCAAACAAUUUUACAAGGGAAUGUAGGGAUCGGCAUAUGGUAGGUUGGUCGGUUUGGUGAUCGGGCGAUUCGUUGGUCCAUUGGAAAACUUCUUUUCAAUUUCUAACCAGUUCUGGUUUACACCAAAACAAAUAUAUGUUCCAAUUUUCAGAUGUGCAAGGCCCAUUUUUCGCACAUGUCUGCAAUUGUGUUACCAUGGUAACGGAAUGAUAAAAAGUAGGUAAAAAUCUCUUGUUCGAACUUCCUCAGUUCUUAGCCAUUUCUCAUAAAAUUUGGCACACACAUUGGUCUUGAAGUAAAGAUGUGCAAGACAUUUUUCUGUGUGUUGUCAUGGUAGCAACAUAUAUGGUAAAAAUUGGUUUAAAAUCUUGCAGUUCAAAUUCACUGUUUUUUACUGAUUCUCAUGAAAUUUAAUCACACAUUGAUCUUUAGGUCAAGAUUGCAAGACAUGUUUAACAUGUACCGGAAACUGUGUUGUUGAUGGAAUGGUAUACUAUGGUGAAUAUUUGGUAAAAAUCUUGCAGUUUGAACCUUUUCAUCAGUUUUUAACAUUAUCUUAAAAUUUGGCUCGCAAAUCUUGGAGUAAAGUUGGGGCUAGACACAUUCUUGACAUUUAUUAGACUUGUGUUGCCAUGGUAAUAACAUAUGGAAAAAAAUCCAGGGAGACUCGUUAUGGAUCGAACUACUUCCCCAGUUUUUAGCCAGUGCUCAUGAAAUUUGGAACAAAUAUUCAUCUGGUGGUAAAGACAGGCAAAUUUCAUUUUCUAAAUGUGUUGGAAACUGCAUUACCAUGGUAAUGGCAUAAUCAGUUAUUAUAUUUUCUUUGGAAGUUUAGAACCAGCAUUGAUCCUGAUUCUAUGUGAUCUGUGAGGAUAUUUGGAUUUAAUGGUUAUUGGGAUGUAAUAAAAUCACCCUGUUGUACACAUUGUUUGUCUCCUUUCGGCAUGAUUAAAACAAUGAAUAGAUGAA